AUGAGCACAAGCUCUGAACCUGGGGUCCCGAUAGUGAUAGAUCGGCAGGAUUCGACUCAUUCGCAAACCACAGCGACGGAACGCUCGUUGGACGCGACCGAAUACUUCAUACAAGUUCAGUCUCCACCCGUCUCAGAAGCGGGCGAUGCGGAAUCGUUGCGUCUAUCGGAAGACGGGGAAGUCGACGAAGUGCAGCCUCAUCGGGAAGAGACUGUUGCUAUCAAGGGGGAGGAAGUCAAGUUCGAGGAGCCUCCCCACGAGCCAGCCAUGCCAAGCGCCCGUGCAGGUCAUGCUCGUCCGUUAAGACAUCGCUCGUCUUCCAGAUUCUCGGCAGCGUCCUUGCGGUCGCACCGGGCCCAUCUCUAUCGCGCAAGCACCCUCGACAGAUCCAGCACCUGGGACUUGGAAAGUUUAGGAGAACCAUUUGUCGCCGUUGACCCCUACCAGAAGCCGAACUCGAAAAGGGCGAGGUCGACCUCGCUACUCACUGAUCGCAGCAAGUCGGAUGUAGAGGAGGAGCCAUGGUCAACUCCCGUUACCUACGCCCCAAUGACGGUACCCCAUGACCGGAAGGGAACGUUAGGGAGUGUAUACGAGGAAGAAACGAGGAUCUUGAGUCGGGAAUCGCUGCAUAGCAGAGAGCCGUUUAUUCCUCACCCCAUCCGACGAUCUUCCCGCCAGUUCCACCGGAGCCCGAGUCCGGGGCAUUUCCACGACGUCUCUGACACAGAAGGCGAGGACGAGGUCUUUGAGCCCGUUCGCUUCGAAAACCUACCCGCUUCCUUAAACUUCUACGAUGACGCCUAUGCAACAAGAUAUCAGCACAAUCACAAUCAUUUCAUCCAGAAACGCUAUUCACCAGGCUCAAACGACACCAUCGACGAGUUACCGCUCCACAAUGCCUCGACAGCCAUCAGUAGCCUUCCCGGGAACGAUGCUACUAAACUCGACUGGUUGAAGUACAUUCUGCGGACGGUUUAUCUUUACGUUCUCCUCGGCCUCCCGAGUCUGUACUUCUCUCGAGUCGCCGCCAUCUUCAGCGAUGCCAGCCUGGACAUUCUCUUAAUGAAGCAACUCACCCUGGACAGCGCGUCGACCCGGCGAUUGGAUUUGUAUGGAACUCCUCCUAGCCCUCGAUACAGCAAGUUGAAGCGUUCGUGGCACCAUUUCAUCGACUCCCUCAUCAAGGAAUGGAAAACUCUGAAUAUCGUCUCAGUGUUGUUGCUUUCAGCCAUACUAGCUUUGCUGCAGAUUGAGUCGGCCAACGCUGAUCCAUGGGUGCAUUAUGCUGCCCUUUGCUCGUUGAUAUGCGCGUUGGUUAGCUUGCUCAUGGGCUGCAUGUAUAUCAUUCGGUUUAACACCAUGCGGAAAACAUACAAGGCCGUUGCGUGGGCUCAGGAGCUGAAAAGAGAUCACGUUGGUUUAUUGUGGAAUGUGUGGAUCCUGCUCGCUUUGCCAGUUGUUUGGCUAGCCUGGUCCCUCAUCUUCUACGUGACGUGUAUUGUUGUCUACAUGUGGCGCGGCGACCUCGAGAAUCCACCCAAGCCUUUCAGCGCACAAGCGACAUUGGCCAUUCGUUGCACCAUUAGCUGUACCCUUGGUAUCCCCGUAGUGUAUGGCGGGAUCGUCACUAAAACAUUUAUCGGCUUUGGAGCGCCGAUGGAUAGAAGGUUCAAUGAGCAAGUCGAAGACUGGAUGAGGCGGAAGGCCAUCUUCAGGCACUCGGAUGAGAAUUUCCAUCCAGGCGCUUGGAACGAGGGCCUACACAAACGCGAACCAAAGGUUUCUGUGGUUCCCGUAACUUCCAGCGACGCCAGCACGACUCUACGUCCGGGGAUGGCCAGGCGACUAUCGUCCCGGAGUGAAAGGCAACUGAAUCAGAAGGUCCGAUUCGAUGUCCCAGCUUCACCUUCUACAUCGCCUUCCACGUUACCCUCUACAGCAACCUUCGUGGAGGAGAGUGUUCCUCCAACGUUUGGGAGAGGGCUUUCUUCAUCACCCGUCCCGUUGUACCCCGACAGAGCGGAGUCUCCCCCUCCACAGCGUCGCAAACCUCGCCCCAUGGCACCCAAUAUUCCACUGUCCCACGAGUCCUCGUCUUUGGCACAUUCCCAGUCGACGUCCUCCCAUUCGCCGACACCAAGAACACCAGUCAGGUCUUUGCCUACUCUCCCUCUCGACGAUUCCCAACCUCCCAGUCAACGUGAAUUCAGGUCUAAUUCACCUGUCGGCCGUGAACUCGCUGACCAUACCAUUGACGAAGCCAGGGAAUCAUCUGAGCGAAUGAAUCAAGACCCUGUUACGGAGGAUCCCGUUGUCGUCCUCCUCUCUGACCCCGAGUACGCUAGCUUCCUCGGUCAUUCACCCCACCCGAUCCAAUAUGGCGACCAUAUAUAUCCCACCAUGGCGCACCUAUUCGAAGCGAUGAAGUUUAUGGAGCAAUAUCCGGAACUGUUGGAAGAGGCGCUUUAUCUCAAGUUCAUGCAACAUCCAGAUUUACGCGAUUUACUUGUCGAGACUCAUCCACGGACGAUUUGCUCCCCAGGCGUUGAUGCGAUUUUCUCGUCUGACGUGCGUCAACCCGAAGAUGUGCCAUCAAGUGAGGUGUAUUGCGCCCUCCUUGCCCAAGUGCGCGAACGGAUACGGGAGUCGGAGCGGCUGGUAACUACGUAA